AAUUUUAAUUGCUGAAAAUUUACAAUUCAAUGGUUAACAUUUUUCCACAAUUAUUGUUAUUAAAUAAAACCAUUUCAUAUCCUUCUUGGAAAAAAUUAACCCUUCAUGAGUAGUGGGGAGGGGGAGGCAGGUAGAUGAUUUUAGCACAACUUCAGCUUCUUUCAUCUCAUCCUUCAGCUGCUCAACAAGUGCCUCCUUACCCUGAAGUGCCGCCUCUGCUGCUUUGGCUGCCUCCAUGGCCUUCUCUGCCAAUUGCUCCUUCACCUGGUGAGCAGCUUGCUGGCCCGCUUGUUGUUGCGCGUCUUCAGCCGCUUUGGCUUCUUGGGCUGCUUUCAUGGCCACAUUGGAUGCUUGCAUUUUGCCAGCAACACCACCUCCUCCUGCGCUCCCGACUCCUACCCUGGAGCACUCUGUCGCGCAUAUAGCGUAUGGAACGAACAACAGGAUCACUGUGUAGGAGAGCAUAUUCAUAUUGACAUUUUACAAAAAUCGACAGGUUUGACAAAUGAGACGAUUCGCAGA